UCGUGCGCAUCACAUCUUCUCAAGUGUCUGCGCAGAGAAAGCAAUGUCCCCCUCUGCUCACGCCGCCACUGAUACGCGAGAGGGAGACUGAUGAUUGGACGUCCGGUGUUUAUCUUUAUAACCGUCCCCAGCAGACAUGCGAGUUGCGUGUCUGUGGCUCUCCCUCACCUAUUUGGCCACCAGCCUCGACGGGUUGGGGGCACGGGAAUACAACAACACAACCAUUUUCGGCGGGGGUCUCUUUGUGGAUGCAGAAGGGCUGCUGAACGUGUCAGACCCGUACACGCCCAACCGGACAAAUGUCUUCUCGCUUGACCUGGACGAGGGCACGCUCGCGGACUGGCGCUCCAUGGCAGUUAAAAAUUGCUACGGUGGAGAGUCCCAUGACCGGACAGUGAAAUCCCUGCUGGUCCUGGCUUACUCGUUCAUCAUUGUCAUCUCGCUGUUCGGAAACACGCUGGUGUGCCACGUGGUGAUCCAGAACAAGCGGAUGCACUCCGCCACGAGCCUGUUCAUCAUUAACCUCGCGGUGGCAGACAUUCUCAUCACGCUGCUCAACAUGCCCUUUACUUUGAUCCGUUUUGUGAAUAGCAGCUGGUGGUUCGGGAAGGGAAUGUGCCACAUCAGCCGGUUCGUCCAGUAUUGCUCCCUGCACGUAUCCACACUCACGCUCACGGCAAUCGCGCUGGACAGACGCCAGGUUAUUCUCCACCCUCUGAGGCCUCGCAUGUCCCCGGCUCGCGGUGUUGUGUGUGUGAUUCUUAUCUGGGUCAUGGCCAGCUGCUUCUCCUUGCCUCAUGCCAUCUACCAGAAGCUCCUAACCUUCGUGUACAGUAAGGAGAAGGUGCGCAGCCUUUGUGUCCCCGACUUCCCCGAGCCCUCUGACGUCUACUGGCAGUGCAUUGACCUCCUCACCUUCAUCCUCCUCUACGUCCUACCCCUCCUCAUCAUCACCGCCGCCUACUCAACCGUGGCACGCCGCCUGUGGCGCCGUAACGCUAUCGGGGACACCACCACUGCGCAGUUCGCCGUGCAGCGGCGGAAGCGGCGGCGCACCCUGGCUAUGUUGCUGGCGGUUGUUGGGGUGUUCGCGGUAUGCUGGUUCCCUCUGAACUGCUACGUGGUGCUUCUCUCCAGCCAGGCCAUUCAGUCAUCCAAUGCCUUGUAUUUCUGUUUUCAUUGGCUGGCGAUGAGCUCGACGUGUUACAAUCCCUUCAUCUACUGUUGUCUGAACCCCGCCUUCCGCCAGGAGCUAAGGCUGCUAUUGGGCAUGUGCCGGAGGAGGGGGCGUGGAGGGUUGGGGCCGGUGCUGGUGGCUCCACCCUCCUGCGCACUCUGCCACAGAGCCGCCUGGCCAGAGAGCCGCACCUGUUCUCGGCCUCUUCACGCCUCUUCACACCCAGGCCGCGCCUCCUCUCGGCCAAGCCACUCCUCGUCCUCUCACCAGCCUCCUAAAGACAGGCAUGUCUUUUUCUCUGCUAGACAUGCCAAAAAAACAGACAUCCUAUCAGUGGAGCCUAUAGUAGCUGUCAGUUAACUACAACUACCAGAAUGCACUUGGGUUGGGAUUGAGUGAAUGAUUGAGUUUAUUUGACAAUUAAAGACAUGUAAAGUUGCUGCAUUUGGUGGUGAGUCCUGUUGAAGGACUACGUUGUUAGCCAAAGACAGCUGGGGCUCUAGAACAGGAAAUGUAUCAUCUUUUAACUUUCAUGACAGCGCCACCUUCGGGAAGAAAGGUCUCACAUGGAUGGGAACAGGGUGUGGUGAGGUCUGGCAACAAAUGCAACAUCCAAACGAACAACUACUCUGUUAGCACAUAUUGUAUACACUGAGUGUACAAAACAUUAAGGACACCUUCCUAAUAUUGAGUUGCAUCUCCCCUUUUUGCCCUCAGAACAGCCUCAAUUUGUCAGGGCAUGGACUCUACAAGGUGUCGAAAGCAUUCCACAGGGAUACUGGCCCAUGUUGACUCUAACGCUUCCCACAGUUGUGUCAAGUUGGCUGUCAAGUUGGCUGUAUGUCCUUUCUGUGGUGGAACAUUCUUGAUACAGGCGGGAAACUAUUGAGCAUGAAAAACCCAGCAUCAUUGCAGUUCUUGAUACAAACCGGUGCGCCUGCCACAUACCCCGUUCAAAGGCACUUGUCUUUUGUCUUGCCCAUAUACCCUCUGAAUUGCACACAUACACAAUCCAUGUCUCAAUUGUCUCAAGGCAUAAAAAUCCUUCUUUAACCUGUCUCCUCCCCUUCAUCUACACCGAUUGAAGUGGAUUUAACGAAGUGACAUCAAUAAGGCAUCGUAGCCCUCACCUGGAUUCAGCCGGUCAGUCUAUGCCAUGGAAAGAGCAGGUGUCCUUAAUGUAUUGUACACUCGGUGUAUAUUAGCAGAACGGUAUUGUCGCGGCAUAGAUAGUUCUACUUUUCCUCGGGACCGCGUUGCAAGACAUCUGUUUGUUCUGUCUCUGGCCAGUUCUUCUGUCUCGCUUUUCAAAUCAUUCACAGAGAAUUAUAGCCAUCAUUGGACUUAAAAAGGCAGAGACGGCCAACGUGGAGUUUUGCCGUUUCAACAGUCGCGGUUUAUUCCAUAUCCCGUUCCUACAAAAAAAGUAAUAUUGUCUUCAUUCCCACUGAUUGACCAUGUCUCGCCCACUGCACACAAAUUGUUAUGUGUUGUGGAUCCAUGCCAGCUUUCUAGUGAGUUUUUGUUGAAGACAGAACUUUCUAGCCAGUGGGAAAUCUUGACUGUGAGCGCGGUAUUCUGCUCCCUGAGUUUCACUGCUGCUGCCGGGGAGUUGCAGGAAGGAGAGGGGCGCUGAUGGAGCUAGAGUUUGAAGGAACAAUCUGUGACUUUCACUUCCAGUCGAAUGUGCUAUCCCUGCACUCUUGUAUACUGUGGGGGCGGGUCUCGCUUGGCAAAUGUAACUGACGGUUACCCACAGAAUUGAAGUAACUCUGUAGCAGGUUCUGUACAUUUGCCAAGAUCCACUCCUAAAGUUUACAAACAAGUGCGGGGGGAAACAUUUUUAACCGCUAACUGUAAAUGAAAGAAGUAGAUUGAAUCUUUAAGAACUGAUUUAGUUCAGGUCCAUGGGAAAGAAGAAUGUUAUGGAGGUGGGGUGAAGAUUUUUUGCUCCAGAUGUUUCCUCCCUACAUCUGCUGGCAGUCUCUGUAUAAGAUACAGGUUGAAACAUGGACACCUGACUACACACGUGGUGAUGGCUAUUAAAGAUAUUCUCCGGUACUUUUGUGGUCCCCGAAAAUGUGUGCCACGUCAUUGCGGUCUCUCGCUCUGCUGUGUGUGAUUCUUGCUAGCUGUCACUCAAAUGGCGAGGGGCUGAAGCUCAUUGGCUAAAACUCUAAUUGCUAGGGGGCUGGCCCACGUGGGGGUAAAUGUAAGGCGAAUGCCGCUUGCACAGCUUCCUGAAAACAGUCCCUUUCAACCUCGGGAUUUUGUGGCUAAUUGACAUAAAAUAGUAAUUCUGCUCAUAGAUUAUUUAUGUACUGUAUAUAUACAUAUUGACACAUCCAGCCCAAAGCGGGAGGUUAAAAAAAUACUUAAAAAUACUAGUUGCCAAAGUUCCAGAGCAUAAAUAUGCUUUCAGUUGGAUAAAUAAAUUAAAGUACCAGACCAGACCUUUUAAGAACUGAUUGAGUUCAGGACUGGGUGAAAUAAGAAAGUGGUACACUAUACUUGACGGAAGGAAUCCUAUAGGCCUGGUCAAAAAUAGUGCACGAAAGGGGAAUAGGGUGCCAUUUGGGAUACUUCCUAUAAUGAGAAGGCUACUGCUUGAAUGCUACGUUAUGCAUUAGCGUGUUGGAAAUUAGGCACUCAGUAACCUCGGUAACCUCGCCCGCAGGCACAAUUACAGAGUGAGCCGGCUGGUGGACAAGAUGAGGCACUCAGAGUCAACGGGUUCUGUUCUGCUGUUGGUGGUACUGUUAACCAGACCUUGGAUACAAUUUUAUUUGUUUUCUUUCAAACACUUUAUAUCCAUUUUAUUUAGCUGACCAAGAGCGCCAGGUGGGUGGGGUUUGCACCUUUGGGACUAUUCUAUUGUAGGGCAAGCUAAAUCAAGCGCACUUAAAGUAUGUGAAAUUAAACAAGUUCCUCUUUCACCAAGACCUGAUGGUGAUUUGAACGACAGAUUUGUACAUGUCUGUGUGUGUUAAUGUUUUCCUCUUAAUUCAUUUGACUGGUGAGCGGACCAGGUGACGAGUGUGAGUAUCUGUGACCUAAUGUUCACCUGUACAGACGAUAAUGAUGGUGGUUUAAACCUGACAUUUGAACAUGCUUGUGUUUAUGCUUGGUUUCAUUAAAGUUGUUCUUGUUUUGAAUGUUUUGAAUGUUGAUGCCAGGGUCAAAUGUCAGAUGGUGGUAACAACAGGCAUGAGCAUCUGUAAUAUUAUGGUUAUGUGAUGUAAAUGUGAUGUGGGAUCUUAACUGUGAAUUCUCCCUCUCACUCUAUCUGUGCUUUCUGAGAUGCAUUGCCUUAACUCAUAGUGCACAUCGACUCAGCAAAAAAAGAAACGUCCUCUCACUGUCAACCGCGUUUAUUUUCAGCCAACUUAACAUGUGUCAAUAUUUGUAUGAACAUAACAAGAUUCAACAACUGAGACAUAAACUGAACAAGUUCCACAGACAUGUGACUAACAGAAAUGGAAUAAUGUGUCCCUGAACAAAGGGCGGGUCAGUAUCUGGUGUGGCCAACAGCUGCAUUAAGUAUUGCAGUGCAUCUCCUCAUAGACUGCACCAGAUUUGCCAGUUCUUGCUGUGAGAUGUUACACCACUCUUCCACCAAGGCACCUGCAAGUUCCCGGACAUUCCUGGGGGGAAUGGCCCUAGCCCUCACCCUCUGAUCCAACAGGUCCCAGACGUGCUCAAUGGGAUUGAGAUCCGGGCUCUUCGCUGGCCAUGACAGAACACUGACAUUCCUGUCUUGCAGGAAAUCACGCACAGAACGAGCAGUAUGGCUGGUGGCAUUGUCAUGCGGGAGGGUCAUGUCAGAAUGAGCCAGCAGGAAGGGUACCACAUGAGGGAGGAGGAUAUAUUCCCUGUAACGCACAGUAUUGAGAAUACCUGCAAUGACAACAAGCUCAGUCCGAUGAUGCUGUGACACACCACCCCAGACCAUGACGGACCCUCCACCUCCAAAUUGAUCCCGCUCCAGAUUACAGGCCUCGGUGUUAUGCUCAUUCUUUCGAUGAUAAACGCGAAUCCGACCAUCACCCCUGGUGAGACAAAACCGCGACUCGUCAGUGAAGAGCACUUUUUGCCAGUCCUGUCUGGUCCAGCGACGGUGGGUUUGUGCCCAUAGGCGACGUUGAUGCUGGUGAUGUCUGGUAAGGACCUUCCUUACAGCAGGCCUAUAAGCCCUCAGUCCAGCAUCUCUCAGCCUAUUGCAGACAGCUAGCACUGAUGGAGGGAUUGUGUGUUCCUGGUGUAACUCGGCCAGUUGUUGUUGCCAUCCUGUACCUGUCUCACAGGUGUGAUGUUCGGAUGCACCGAUCCUGUGCAGGUGUUACACGGUGUUACACGUUGUCUGCCACUGCGAGGACGAUCAGCUGUCCAUCCUGUCUCCCUGUAGCGCUGUCUUAAGCGUCUCACGGCACGGACAUUGCAAUUUAUUGCCCUGGCCACAUCUGCUGUCCUCAUGCCACCUUGCAGCAUGCCUAAGGCACGUUCACGCAGAUGAGCAGGGACCCUGGCCAUCUUUCUUUUGUGUUUUUCAGAGUCAGUAGAAAGGCCUCUUUAGUGUCUUAAGUUUUCAUAAAUGUGACCUUAAUUGUCUACCGUCUGUAAGCUGUUAGUGUCUUAACGACCGUUCCACAGGUGCGUGUCCAUUAAUUGUUUUUGGUUCUAAUGGAAAGCAUGGGAAACAGUGUUUAAACCCUUUACAAUGAAGAUCUGUGAAGUUUUGGGAUUUUUACGAAUUAUCUUUGAAAGACAGGGUCCUGAAAAAGAGACGUUUCUUUUUUUGCUGAGUUUCUUUUUGUUGUGUACAUGCCUUUCUCAUAACACUACACUUUCCCUUUGAGAUAUUAUUAUCAAUUUGUUAAUGAAUUAUGAUGAUCCACCAAUGAUUGUGUUAUAGAUGUGUCUGUGUUUGUAAUAUUACAUAUAAGUGACUCAAGGUGUAAAAUGUAUAUUUUUGCUUUACAUGGUCAGCCCUGCACCAGCCAGAUUGUGUGCGUGUGUGUGUGUGUGUGCGCAUGCUUCUGCGUGCGUGAGUGUGUGUGUGUAGAUGCUUGCAUGUGUGGGUCGGUAUUGCCAAAGGGUUUGAAUAAAGUUUCUGUUCUGGUCUAGCUCUUUAGUAGUGGAUUAUGACUGGCGGAGCAAUUGGUCAAUAUGUUCAUUAUCCAACCCCCUUGUUGGUUUGAACUUUUUCUCUUUACAAAAGCCAUUAAAGUAUGCCAUGUGACAACGA